AAUCACCCCUCACCACCGCGCCACACAUCACCGGCAUCCCACCUGACAAGAAGAUCGCCCAAACAAUCUCUCCCCGCGCCCCUUGAGCUCCAAGUCAACUAACUCUUCAGUCCCCGAGCAUGGCAGCCACCACGACCGUCGAGGUUCCUCACCUCGGCGGCAUCACCGUCGGGUACGCGCUCUCCGGUGGCGCGUACGACCCGGCGAAGCCGACCUGCGUGCUGAUCAACUCGAUGUGCACGACCGUGUCGCUCUACCGGGCGCAGUUCGCCGACGCGGCGCUCACGGACGUGCUCAACCUGCUCGCCAUCGAGCCGCUCGGCCACGGCGCCACGCGCUGCGCCACCGAGCACUUCACCUACUGGGACUCGGCCGUUAUGGCGCUGCAGGUGCUCGACAAGCUAGGGAUUGACAAGGCGUUCGCGCUCGGGACGAGCCAGGGCGGCUGGAUCGUCGCGCGCAUGGCGCUGCUGGCCCCGCACCGCAUCCAGGGGCUCGUGCUGCUCGGCACGUCGAUGGACUACGAGUCGGCCGACUCGCGGAGCAAGGGGUGCUGGGACCCCAAGACGCUGCUGACGCCCUUCUACGACAAGUGGUGCAGCCGCACGCCGACGCCGGACUUCGUGGUGGACGACGUCUGGUGCGGCAUGGUGGGCAGCAUCGGCUUCGGGUCUAGCGGCACGCCCGAGCUGCUCCAGUUCUGGACGGAGACGCUCAAGGGCGUGUAUCGGGGCGACGAGGGGAGGAAGAAGCUCAAGGUGGCGCUGGCCUGUCUGCUGGACCGGGAUGGGCUCUUGCGCCGGCUCCGCGAUAUUACCUGCCCAGUGUACUGGCUCCAGGGUACUGAAGACGUCCCUUUUGGCACCAAAGUCCCGGUGGAACAGAUCAAGUUGUUCACAGCGUCGCCGGAGGCCACGCUCACUUUCGUGGAAGGCGGCGGACACUACCUGAACGCGACCAACCCGAAGGAGGUUGCGGCUGCGUUGCUUCAGUUGGUGAAGAAGUACCAGAGCUAAAAUGGGCUCAGACAAUGUCGAACAUAACUAGAGCAAUCCUCAGGACGUCAAACCAAGCGCGUGACGCUGCCGUGUCUCCCUCUACCCUGUACCCACUGAGAGAGACCACGAACUGACUGUACAUAGGAACUGCAGGGCAGAACCGACAACCUGAUAGGCCCAUGAGAGGAUUGUCGCCUCAUUGCCAAAGUUGCAACUGCCGUCGUGAAUGUCGGUCCUGGAGGCCAUCCUCUACUCCCUUCCAGUUCCAUU